AUGGCCCGUCAACGCGUCCCCAAUGACCCAUGCAACUCACAAGUCACCGACGACCUGUACGAGACAGACGCAUCUUUCUCCGCAGUAGGGGAUGCGGAUGCUGAUGACCUCCUUGAUGUAGACGAGGAUGUAUCCAGCCCAGAGAGCGACGUGACGGACGUAGAGGACUUCAGUGAUGACAAUUCCAAUGUUGCAGAUCAAGUUCACCUCUUCGAAGGGAAUGUUCAUCCGCCGAAAUACUACCAGAAGGCGCUACGAGAGUUCAAUGAGAGUGCUUUUGACAGCGGAAAUUACAGUCUUGGAAGCACAGUGCUACUUGACGCAAUCGAGAAGCAGUGGCGGACAUAA